CCAGGAUCUCCAACUUCAGUCCUAGAAUUAAGGCUUCCCCGAUCGAAUGCUAAUCUACCACUGCUUAUCGUUCUGAGAAUACUUACUUAUAACUAUGAAAGACGUUGUCCUCCUAAAUAAGGGAGAGAAAGGGGUAUUAAUACGCGUCUCAAGAUGGAUCAGGGUCGCUGUCCAAUCAGGAGAAAGGGGCAUUAAGAUACAUCUUAGCAUGCACGGAUCAGGGUCGUGAGCUCCAACAGAAGCAGCUACGAAAGAAUCCCUAGUAGGUGCUAUGGCGCGGCGAUUACAAAACGUAGAAAGUGAGUUGAAUGUGGCGAAAGGAGAAAAUCAACAUUAAGGCUCAAGCAGGUAAAGCAUCAUUUUCAAAGACUAUCUUCUAUCUAUAUUUCUCUGACGAAGACGAUCUUGGCAUUCUGACAAUGUUAGAAGGUAAGAAGGAUCACUACAGGAAUUAAUGUGUGGGCUCUCGCGUCUAGAACGCUGGCGGAAGCGUCUUUUGGUGGGAGGUGCAUGCGACGCUUCACUGCGCUGUGUCGUAUGCACGGACACCUUCACCACCCCUCCAGCACUCUCAGACCGAAGGAGCAUCUGAUCUUCAUGUUGUACCUACAUGCUCUUGUAGUGAGCUCUACUAUCUGCUCUAACAUUCUUUGCGACGUGAACUUCAGACUGCCACGAAAUCCUUGUCGCGUGGUGAGGAUAGUGUCCAGCUGUACGACGUGGUAAGUGAAAACACGCAACUGCAAAAAGAGAUCCAGGAUAUGAAAAAGUUCUUGGCGGAUUACGGCAUGGUCUGGGUCGGUGGAAGCUCAAGAGGAAGUACUCCAGAUGGUGGUGGGCCAGGUGCUUAUUCACCUUCCCCAACCGAUAUUGUUCAUCAUCAGUCAAAAAGCACUAGUGCAAGAGGACGAAACGAUGAUAGUAGGAAUCAACACGGAGAGGGGCUACAUCGUAUUCGCAAUGCAGGUUCCCAAUCCCAGCCUGCACGCAGUGCGAGUCCUGCGAUUGGUAGGCAACGACAAGGCGAAGUCAAAACACUAGCUUUAUGGGUACCGCCAACCCAGCUUUUGCACGAAUGUUUAGCCAAUUCUUUGGAAUUCGCUAAAAAAUUCGCUAAAAAAAGAUGGGCUGUUGGUACCUCUAAUAUUUAGUUCGUCAAAAGAGCCUUCUUCAUCGUCAAAGAGUAAGAGUCCAGCACCAGCACGAAGUUUGUCUCCUGUUCCUGGGCUUUCCCCGUCUGCGCCUAAUGUGGACAUAAACACAAUCCAGUCAAAUUAAGGGUUUCCAUCGAAUUUCAUUCCCCAGUACUACAGAUCAUCCUUUCUUGCCUUUUCUCCUUCGAGUAAAAUAAAAGAAGCGAGGUGGCUGGGAUCAUGUUUGAGGAAAGUGAUUCGAUAACCUGCUCUAAUCAAAGCUGUCACAGUUGAGCGAAAUUGCGGAACGCGAAGCCAAGAUAGUCAAGAUAGACCGGGUGCACAAAUUCGAUACCGAACAGGUUGUCGCGAUCAUUAAGGCUACUAGACUCCUCCUGAAAAAUUAGUCGAAAACUGAAAAUAACCGAGUUACUGACUGAAAUAAGGGAGGCAGCUUUGACAGGGCUAUUUGUCCUUGUUCAGUAUCUCGCUUAUUUUCAGUAGUUACUUGCUUAUUUCAGUUUUUCGAAUAGUCGCAUUCUAGUUCCUUCACGUGUAUUCAUCAGGAUCCUUCUUGGUUCCCUUUUUUUUACUGGGAAGAGAAGCCACUGAUGACAUGGUGGAACUGUUUUGUCCCGCCAUUAUGAAUGCUUCUCAACCUAAUCCUAAUGCAUACGGCCUAUAACUUCAGCUUUUCACUACACUCGUUGGAUAAACUUGCUAAGUUUGUUUUAGAACAUGAAUAUGUGAAGGCAUUAGCUCUAACAUUACUUUUUUCAAGGACGGAUUGCGAGUUGCUGACUAUCCGUUCUAUAAGUACGAACAGCAGGCAGCGCAACGGGUCUUGCGGGAUAUACUCUUAUGAUGUGUGGUGCUUUACAUUGGAGAUGCUCUUGAUGAAGAUUGUAUCAUGUCUACAACUCCAAAGUGGAGCUAUACCAUGGCUCCACUGUUGUAGAGGUUCUUAAGUCGUGUGUGUCUUGUCGUAGAUGAUCAAACACGACGAACUAGUAUCUAAAUAGAUUUCAUCUCCUGGUCCUGGACAAACAAGAACUAAAAAAAGAAACAUGUGAAAAUAGUAUCGCUUCAUGAAUUUUCCCAUCUGAAGGUUCUCCUUGUCUGUCCCCAUGCUAAUCGCAGAAGGUUUUUUCCCGUAUGUGCUGAAGCAGGAUUACCCAGAAGGAGUGCGACUGAAAGCGGUCGAUCGGCUAAAAGACGACUACGAUGCCAAGCUUGAGUCCCGCUCUGCGCAAGAAAGCUUUCUGGCCAGACUACCGAAACAGGUAAGAUUUGUGGAAUUAUGUUGGAUUAUGAAAGAUGAACACGCGUAUAAUCCAUAGCAUUUUACUAGAUUUCCUUUUCGUGUCCACCUCAAACCCCUGCGGUGGUUUGGGCAUGAAUUUAUCAAAUGACUUCCACACCUUGCCAUCCCCAUCCCCACCAGAUCAUCAUGACAUUCCAUUACAAGUCGUCGGCCAUGUCGUUAGGCUUUAGGAACAAGCGCGCGCGGUACGUUUGUGGGCGGGCAAACCCGUACUCGGGUGGAACUGUGUGGGGCUGUGGGUAGAAAGACCCGCCCACGGGUGGGCAUGUGAGUGCGUGGAGUAGAGUGGAGUGGUGGGUGUGUAGUGUGUGGAGUAGAGUAGAGUGGUGUGCGUGUGCGUGUGCGUGUGGUGUUGUUCUCGGCAGUGCUGUUCUGGAAAGGCUGCGCGAGAAGACCUGCCCUGGAAAGGCUGCUCCAGAAAUUGUGGCCUGGACCUGGAGAGGCUCUUCCAGAAAACCUGCCCUGGAAAGGGUGCCCAAGAAAACUUGUUCUGGACAUGUUGUUCCAGAAAACCUCUUCUGGAGUGGGUGUUCCAGAAACCUCUUCUGGAAAGGGCGCCCCAGCGACCCUGUUCUGGGAAUGCUGUUCCAGAAGCGAGGCUGUUCCAAAAGUCUUGUUUUGGGUUGGGUCCAAAACUCUAACGGUCUCGGUUAUUAUUAUGUUAUAGAUUGGUUUCCACACGCACACCUCUCCAACAUCCCCAUCAGAUCACCAUAUUGAUUUCCACACCGCCAUUAUGACCUCCAUACUGGCCUCGUUUUCUCUGACUAGAUUAUGAUGGCAAACACCUCUCCACACCGCCAUUCUGACCUCGAUGCUGGCCUCGUUUUCUCUGACUAGAUUAUGAUGGCAAACACCUCUCAGAUCAUCAUGGCGAACGGGCAAAUUGUCAGUGUCCGGAAGGAGAUGGAGGAACGUCUUCUCGGUGCCGAACGCAAUGCUGCACGCUUGCGAGCCGCAAACCGUGCUGAGCUGAGAAGGAACGACCCCUCGUCUGACACUCAACAGAAUCGAUCACGACUGCUUUUGGAGCCGAUAAGAGACGAUGAGCACAAGGCAUCCACUCGCAUUAAGGGUCGCGUCGGAAAUGCAUCAUCCCUAAAUCACAUGAGUCAUCUGCAAGAGAGAGAAAAAAAGCAAGAAGAAAAGGGUACUCCUCGUUCAGCUGAUUGCUUCUGAGACGAUGCAUUUUCCCUACCCUUUUUCAUUCCUACCCGUAGUCCUUCACCAGCGUUACCACGGAAACCAGUUUUCAGCACUCAAACACCAUCCGGCUCUGGAGCUUUGAUCGAGGGCGAUGAGGACGCGUGCAGUAUACUAGUGAAGCAUCGGGAAGGCUCUUGUCGACUAUCGUUGCCAAAAACCUCCACAGUUGCGCAUCUUUACACAGCUGCUAGAGAAAAUUAUGGCCAUUAUACAUAGGUGAAGAUCAUUAUCUCAUGUAGUCCGUGCGAGGUUGAGGUAUCUUGUUCUUUGGAAGAUUCCAGUUUUUAGACGCGAGGUUGAGGUAUCUUGUUCUUUGGAAGAUUCCCCUUAGGAAUGAAGAAGUGAGGCAUCUUUACUGGAAGAUUCCCCUUAGAAUUGACGUGAAGAAGAACAACCUACAGGGAGAACGUCCCUCCAUUCUCCCACAGAUAAUGAUUAUUGACCACCUUCAAGGCAAACUAGGACUUCUAGAUGUCGCAAACGCUGGAACAUCUACUGCUCGACCGGGUUCCACAGCAACGGCCUCAGGCGGAGUAGAUCGGGAUCAGCAACCACCGUUGGUGUUGAAAAUCGCGUUUCCGCCACCUACAAAGUUGUUGGCGAAUAUGAGGGAAACACUAGAAAAAGCAGGGCUGUUCCCGAAUGCGACGGUGCAUCUGAGCUAGUAGAGGUGGUCACUGUAAAGACUAAGAAUCAACUUUCAAUGGUCAUUGGAGUUGGUCACUGAGAUCGAAGAGGCGACCCCUUCUUGAGAGAACCAACAGGGGAAAUGUACGAAGGGAAAGGGGAGAGCUUGGAAGGGGGUCCCUUCCGUUCGGAGUCAGUGACCAUUGAAGGCUGAGCUUUAAUGUAAAGAAUCAGUUGGCGUUUCCAAAUUCGUUGAAUUCAAUGCUCCGAGCGCGUAGACAGCAGGACACAACAACAACAAAACAAAUGCGAGGUCGAUAGCAUGACAUGUUGACAUCCAUAGCGAGGCCAGAUGACAUGGAGCCGCUAGUUCUCCUCGGAAUGCAGGGCGAUGUCGACUUUCACAGAUUACCAGAAGAAGCUCACUUUUACAGAUUACUAGAAGAUGCUCAUUUUCACAAAUACGCUGCAUCAAAAUUGGCUUUUGUAUGAGUAGAAAACGAGUGAGGAUCUUCAAGCCUCAAGUGCCACAGCUGUUCCUUUGGUAUUGGUUCUUGUAUCUUCAUUUGAAUUGUAUUCUCCCAUCGGAUUCUGCUUACAACGUGGAGACGACCACAAGAUAACUCGUCUCCUAUAAAUUAUAGUUGUC